AUGGGCGUGUGCACGGUGAGUACGGAGCGAUUAACUUUUAGUAGGUAUUCGAUAAAUGAUAGUUGAGAUCGUUUAUUAUAGUAAAUAUAAGUUUUGAGGCAUUUGGCUCUUAAUUUUUUAAAGUUUACAAUAAUAUAGAUGUCAGAGUAUAGGUUAGAAUAUUUGAGAUAAAACAGACCUUUUAUCAGAGUUAAAUAUUAGUGUACUUUCAGAGCCAUGAAUUGGACGUGCGGGUGGUGAACGUGGACCCGCCGAUUGUCAAUCCGAAGCCGUUCAUAAAGCGGGAGUCGGACAUGAACCUGGUGCCCGGAGAUGCAAUGCCAACCCGAAUGUUCUACACAGACGAGGUUGGCAGAUGCAGUUCGAGCAGCAGUACUAUUGUGUUCAAGUCCGAGUACGAGAGGGAGAAGUUCAUGCUGGUGGCGGCGACCAACUCAGCUCACGACCUUCCCGGAAAGAUGUUUGUGGUGGAUGUUGAUGUACAUAGCAAAGACUACGGGCAGGUAAAGUAUCCAUUUUUAUUUUAAGUUUUAGGUAAACUAGAGUCAGUUCACAUAAAUUAAUGUUAUAGAUAAUAUCCCAAAUAGCAUUGACUAAAAAUGGCGAUGAAUUCUUGUACACAAACUGGACGAGAUGUUCUGGCUUUGCCAACCAAGUGAGCAAAACCAUCCGCAACUAUGUUGUCAUACCUUGUUUCAACACUUCCAGACUCUACAUUAUAGGUAUCGAUGACAUUUUGCAAAUGCGGAUAGCUAAAGUAAUUUUUUCCCUUUUUUGUUACCUAAAAUGGUCGUUAUGAGGAUUGUAGAUAUAAUGAAGUUGAUUUCAGACAGUAGAACUAGCAGACCUCGGCUACAAAGAUACCUCAAUGCCCUUAUAUAUCCAGUCGUGUCCAGGUAGAGGAGCGGCCGUCUUCUUUUCUUGUCUCGGCGACAAACAUGGAUCAGCCAAAGGUCAGAGAGUUUUUCAUUCAAAUUUUAGGAAACACAUUGUUUUGGUCAUAAAGCAAAUCAAAAUAAAUAAACCCACAAUAAUUUAAUUCCAGGAACUUUGCAAAAGCUUGACCGCAGACUGUUCACGAUAGCUUCAGAGAACAGCGACGAGCUCCGUCCUGAUAUGACAUCUUUCGGGGGAACUUUUGCAUUGCACAUCCCUGAAAAUUUUAUUGUUUCGACAGAAUGGGGAAUCUUCUCCCAUAUUCAACAUGGAAUCAAAUGGGAUAACGAAGAAAAAAGUAAGGAUGACACAUUUUAUAGAAUUUGAUUUAUGGCACAUUUUUUAGAUCUUUUUUGGAAAAUUUUGCGAUUUUUGAGACGAAAUGCUUCAUGAACAUAAAAAAAUUCAUUUUUAAAAGUAUAGUUUUAAAUCUUUUAAUAAAAUAUUACUUUAGUUUACGGAAACACAUUGAACGUUUGGACCUUGAAAGAUCGCCAAAUAAAGCAAAGAAUCGAACUGCCAGAGCUAGAUGGACAGUUUCCAAUCUGUGUUCGCUUUAUUCACAACCCCGAACUUAUCCACGCCUUUGUUAUCACUGCCAUUGGAGGAUCUAUCUUUCAUUUACAUCGAAAUUCUGUAAGCUUUGAUUUGUUUUUCAAAAGUUUGGUUUUAGUUCAUGUAAAAGAAAUCCGUUUUUUAAGUUUAUUUUUUAUUUUUUAGAUAACAGAUGUCUUUACUGCCAGAAAAGCAUAUCAAUUCCCAAUAGCUCAUGUAUCUGGUUGGAUACGGGAGGAAGUACCAGCUAUACCUGUUGAUCUGGUCAUAUCGAUGGACGAUCAAUACCUAUAUGUGUCUUGUUGGUUACAAGGUUUUGUAGCUCAGUUCAACAUAACCGAUCCAUUUAACAUUACUCUCACGCAUAAGGUAGUGUUCAUAAAGCUAUUUUGGUUAGGUUGCGCAUAGUUGUAGUUUUUAUCCUAAAGUUUAACUUCUUUUAAGGUUUUUAGGUAACAUUUUAAGUUUAAGAAUCUUAUUAUGUGUCAUUUCUAUAACUUGUUGUUUCUAGGACAACAGUCUGAUAUUAUUUUAGUUUUCAAAGUACUAAAUCAACAUUUUUUUUAAAAAUUUUUAUCAUAAAGCCAUUACUCAUACCUAAAACAAGAUAAUUAAUUGGAGCUUUUGCAGAUUUUUAUUGGCGGCAUAAUUCAUAACGACGUGAGACUUAUACGAAUCUCGACCAUUGUAAGUUCACCUAGUGUAAUAUAACCUCGUUUCAAAGAACUUUAUGCCGGAGCGACGAAGAGUGCGCCAGAAGCUGGUGGAGGGCGGCCCGGCCAGAAUUCAGCUGAGUUUGGACGGACGACGACUUUACGUGGCCAAUUCUUUCAUUAGGGCGUGGGACGAACAGAUCUAUCCCCAAUUAUCGAAUGCGGGCGGUGUAAUCACAUUGGUACAUAUUAAUGUCGGAGGGGCAGGUGCGAUGCAUUUUGAUGACAGUUUUGGGAUCGAAAUGAAAAGAGAAGAUGGCGGCUACUUGCCAAGAGAAAUGCGAUUCAUGAAUGGAGAUUGCACUUGUGAUUGUUUUGAGUAA